GAGUGAGUGAACGAGCGCGCGCCAACGAACGAGCGAGCGAGCGGCACACCAGUGAGAACGAGUUAAGCUCUCGCAGCAUCCCGAUAAGACGCGACCGUUAAGCGCGACUCGACGAGACGCGACGCGAUACGGCACCGCCGCCACGCUACGAAACGCGCAACCGGCGACGUUGAGGAGCGCGAUAUCACCCUUUGUCUCAGCGCAACGGGCACAGAUCGAGCCGCGCCGCAAGUAAGCCGAGGUGAGCGGAGUUAAAACAAGACAAUAAACAUGUCGGAUGAUAAUUCGCCUGUUAUGGAGGAGCAAAAGAAGAAGAGGGGUAGGCCUGCUAAAGCAGACAAGAACGCUGUUAAGGAACCCAAAAAGAGGGGAAGGUCCGCUGUGGAAAAGAAUAAUGCAGUGCGUCCAGCAAAAUCCGACAACGAGGAUGACGCGCCACCUGGACCUGUUAAAAAGGGAAGGGGUCGACCUAAGGGCUCUCACAAGAAGAAGCAAGGACCACCAAAAGGCACGACUACCGCACCACGCGGUCGCGGUAGACCAAAAAAGACAGAAGAAAAACCCGAGAUCACUGGUGAAGAUGAAGAUGAUCAGGAUGAGGAGGAGGAAGAAGAGGAGAACUGAAUCGUUGGGGGAUGCAAUAGGGGAGGAUGAAACUAACACAUCUGACUUAUCCUUCGAAGACCCUUCUUCUUAAGAAAAAAAAAAAAUAUUAAGCCAGUUGAUCAAAGUUCGGUUCUGUCUAGUUUGCACUUUUUAUUGUAAUUCGGGAAUUCCCGAACAAAGUUUUAAAACUCGACAAAAAAUAACGAUGAUAGUGGCCGACACUGUUCUCUCACCGAUUAUCGGUGUCACCCUAGAAAUCUUAGUUUCCAAUUCAGUCAAAUUUGAGGAAGAACGUUGGAUAUGGAAGUUGUGUUACAAAUUUAUUAAGUUCUUUUAUAUUUCUUUGACAUUGCUACUAUUAAUAAUGAUUAAUGAUCAUAUUUUUAAGCGGUAAGAUUACAUGUGUAACUCUCUUUGACAGUAAAAGACUGGAUUGUAAGAUGCAGAUCUCAAAACUUUCCUUUUUUUUUCUGUUCGUUUAAUUUGAUGAACGAAAGAUUUGAUAAACUUUUUUAAAUGAAAUAGUCUAAUAUCACACACGGUAUAGUAUUGUAUCACAUAUUUGCUACCUCCUGUUCUCCUACAUAUGUAUUACAAUUCACGAAGCCAAAAAACUUCAUACCGAUCUAAUAUUGUAAGAGAUAGGAAAAGGUAAACACAGAAAAAAGUUUAAAUCAUCACUACAUAUGUAACAUAUGUAUGUAACAUAUGUACUAUUCUUUUCUAAUUAAACAUGAAUAUGUGUAUAUUAGUGUCAUUUUUGAGGCAAGCAUAUGUGUGAAUGUCAAAUUUGUAUUAAAGUAAAUAAACUCGAAGUACUCUUAUUAAA